UUCUUACUUGUAUUUUAAAUUAAGCUGUCGAAUUAACAGAAUGUUGACUACAUUAAAUUUAUAAACGCUGCUAGAUUAGCUUAUUUAAGCAGCUUUUUCCCCUCAAUUUUCUCUGAAUGCUGAACUAGAGCCCCACCUUUAAAGCUUAAAAAAGGAAAAUCAACCAUCUCUAUUAGGGCUCAUCGUCUUCCUCAACAGAAACUAGAAGCUAUUUACACAUAAAUGUCAGACCCAACCUCCAUCACCACCACCGCCAAGCCCAGAGUGGUCAUUUGCAUAGGUGAUAUCCAUGGCUACCUCGCAAAGCUACAAAACCUCUGGUCCAAUCUCCAAUCCGUAAUCAACCCAGAAGAUUUUAGCUCUGCUCUGGUCAUUUUUUUGGGGGAUUACUGUGAUCGUGGCCCAGAUACCAAGAAAGUCAUAGAUUUCUUGAUAAAUUUACCUUCAUCCUAUCCAAAUCAGAAGCAUGUUUUUCUCUCUGGAAAUCACGACCUUGCUUUUGCCGCUUUUCUGGGAGUUUUGCCGGAGCCCGGAAACGGGGCGUCGUUUAAGGAGGGAUGGAAGGAAUACGAAGUGAACGAGGAACGAGAAGGGUGGUAUAAGGGAGUUGGGUACGAGAAUAUGCAUCUGCAAGGGAGGAUGUGGGCUGGGACUACUAAAGAUCGGUUUGAUUCUAAAGGGAUAGAGUUUAUGGGGUCUGUGUAUGAUGCUGAACCUACAUUUGAGUCCUAUGGAGUCCCUCACGGGUCUGCUGAUUUAAUGAAGGUGGUUCCUGAUGAACACAUGAAGUUUCUGGCUGAUCUGGUCUGGAUCCAUGAAGUGGAAAAUGUAUGUAUAGAGAGUGAAGAAGGAAUGAAGCACUGCAAAUUGAUUGCUGUGCAUGCGGGUUUAGAGGAAGGGACAAACGUGGAAGAACAGCUGAAAUUUUUGAGAGCCAAAGACACCAGAUUGCCCAAGGUAGAAGCUCUUAGCGGGAGGAAAAGUGUGUGGAACAUCCCAAAGAUUUCGGUGUCUGAUGCAUUACAGGAAUUAACUGAGAAGCCAACCAUUGUGGUUAGUGGUCAUCAUGGGAAACUUCAUGUUGAAGGUCUUAGAUUGAUUAUUGAUGAAGGUGGCGGACUAGAGAAUAAUCCAGUGGCUGCUAUUGUGCUUCCCUCAAUGGAGCUUGUCCGAGAUACCGACAACUUGACAAAGGUAAAUGUAUGAUUGAGGAUUGGUUUUCUUGGAUCUCUCAGAGGGUGGGACAAGGCAAGAUUAAGCCUGCGUUUUGACGGAACUGGAAUGUUCCCUUUGGCGUCCGAAGCUUGAGUGGAGGAACAUUAUUUUGGAGAAAUUAUGCUGGAAUCAAAAUGCUUAAUUGCAUUAUUUUGGAGAAAUUAUGCUGGAAUCAAAAUGCUUAAUUGCAGUAAUGCUCGCCCUCGAGCAUGGUUUGAGUGGAGGAGCUUUACUUCCCAUGAACCCUUAUGUUAUGUUGCUCAAUAUUGAUGGAGGCAGUGCCGUGAUUGCGCGAUUGCGGCAGAUAAAUUUUAGCAUGCAGUGGAUAGGAUUUGUGUGGUUUGAUUAAUUUGUGUUGGCUUUUGAAUUCGGGUGGAUUGAUUAAUUUGUGUUGGCUUUUGAAUUUGGGUUAGACCGAUGGUGGUUAUGGGUUGGAUUUGAAUUUGUUGUAGGCUGUAUUUUGAGUUGGUUUUCUUAAAUUACAUAUUUUGGGCCUCUUGGCUUUUAAAUGC